AUGACCGAAACCCGCCGCAGCAAGCGCCUCGCCAACGCCGAGCCCGACGUCGUGGCCGCGCCAGCCAAGAAGGCGCGCAAGGCCGCGCCGGCCAAGAAGGCCGACCCCAAGAAGAGCAGCGCGCCCAAGGUCGCGGCGCUCAAGGUCGGCGACACCAUCGUCGACGUCGAGCUCAAGAACGAGAAGGACGAGCCGGUCUCGGUCCUCGAGCUCACGAAGGAGAUGGGUGCUGUCUUCUUCAUGUUCCCAAAGGCCAACACGCCGGGCUGCACCAAGCAGGCUUGCGGGUUCCGCGACCACCACGACGCGUUCAAGGCCGCCGGCUACAACGUCUUUGCCCUCGCGCAGGACAACCCGACGCCGCUCACGACGUGGCAGAAAGGCCAGAAGCUGCCGUACACGCUUCUUAGCGACAAGGCCCACGCGCUCAUUCAGCAGUUUGGCAGCUCCAAGGACGGCAAGACCAAGGUGCAGCGGUCGCACGUCGUUGUCGCCAAGGGCGGCGUCAUCGCCGACCUGCAGCCCCACGUGAGCCCGAAGGAAAGCGUCGACAAGGCCCUCGCCUUUUGCAAGGCGUCGGCGUAA